ACCACUUCCCAUUCAUAACUCAUUCCCUACCUUCCUUCCUUCCUUCCUUAUAUAAUACCAUCACAACACUCUUCCCCUCUUCAAUUCCACAAUCAUCACUUCCCUCAUUUCCUAACUAAACAACCCACUUUCUCCAUUCAAUUCAUUCAUUCACAACACACAAACUAGCUUUCCUUUCCUUUCGUAAAAUACAAUUUCAUUUCAUUACACACACUUUCCAACACCAUGUUGUCAGUUGCUCCUUCUGUUGAUGCCAAACAGACCUCAACCGCACCAGAAUCAGUGUCAAAUAUUUCAGACACCACCCCAACACAAAACGCAUCUAAUUCCCAAACUACCCACAUAUUCAAAUCUAAAUUACCAGACAUACCAAUCUCCAACCACCUUCCCCUCCACGCUUACUGCUUCGAGAAUCUUCCACAAUUCUCCGACCGUCCAUGCCUCAUCCUCGGCUCCACCGGAAAAAUCUACACCUACGCCGAGACUCACCUCCUCUCCCGCCGCGUCGCCGCCGGAAUGUCCAAGCUCGGAAUCACCAAAGGCGAUGUCGUCAUGAUCCUUCUCCAAAACUCCGCUGAAUUCGUCUUCUCCUUCUUCGCCGCCUCCAUGAUCGGCGCCGUCGCCACCACCGCCAACCCGUUCUACACCACCGCUGAGCUUUUCAAGCAAAUCACCGUCUCCAAGACGAAACUCGUCAUCACUCAGGCAAUGUACGUCGACAAGCUCCGGCCACUGGAAGACGUUAACGGUAACGACUACCCGAAGCUCGGGGAGGAUUUCAAGGUGGUCACCGUGGACGAACCACCCAAGGAUUGCUUGGACUUCUCCGUGAUUUCGGAAGGAAAAGAGGAUGAUCUGCCGGAGGUGGAGAUCAACCCAGAGGACGCGGUGGCGCUGCCAUUCUCCUCCGGCACGACGGGCCUCCCGAAGGGGGUGGUUCUGACUCACAAGAGCCUUACCACGAGCGUGGGCCAGCAAGUGGAUGGAGAGAAUCCGAACCUUUCUCUGGGAACAGAGGAUGUUCUGCUUUGCGUGCUUCCCCUGUUUCACAUUUUCUCGCUGAACAGCGUUCUUCUCUGCGCGCUGAGAGCGGGGAGCGGUGUGCUUCUGAUGCCGAAGUUUGAGAUAGGGUCGUUGCUGGAGCUGAUUCAGAAGCACAGGGUGUCGGUGGCCAUGGUGGUGCCGCCGCUAGUGCUGGCUCUGGCGAAGAAUCCGAAGGUGGCGGAGUUUGACCUGAGCUCCAUAAGGUUGGUGCUGUCAGGGGCUGCGCCUCUCGGGAAGGAGCUCGAGGAAGCUCUCCGGAGCAGGGUGCCUCAAGCUGUUUUGGGACAGGGAUACGGAAUGACGGAGGCAGGGCCGGUUCUGUCCAUGUCCUUAGGAUUUGCAAAGCAACCGUUCCCCACAAAGUCAGGUUCAUGUGGUACUGUUGUGAGAAAUGCUGAGCUCAAGGUUCUUGACCCUGAAACUGGUUGUUCUCUUGGCUAUAAUCAACCCGGUGAAAUUUGCAUCCGAGGCCAACAGAUCAUGAAAGGAUAUUUGAACGAUGAGAAGGCCACAGCCACAACAAUUGAUGCGGAAGGUUGGCUUCACACCGGUGAUGUUGGUUACAUUGAUGAUGAUGAUGAGAUUUUCAUAGUUGACAGGGUGAAGGAACUCAUCAAAUUCAAAGGCUUCCAAGUGCCCCCAGCUGAACUCGAAGGCCUUCUCGUAAGCCAUCCCUCAAUUGCAGAUGCAGCUGUCGUCCCACAAAAGGAUGCUGCUGCUGGUGAAGUUCCCGUUGCCUUUGUUGUGAGAUCAAAUGGGUUUGAUCUAACUGAAGAGGCUGUAAAGGAGUUCAUAUCCAAACAGGUGGUGUUUUAUAAAAGACUGCACAAGGUUUACUUUGUUCAUGCAAUUCCCAAGUCUCCAUCAGGAAAGAUAUUGAGGAAAGACCUCAGAGCAAAGCUAGAAAAUGGAAAUCAGAAGCCAUAGAGGCUAGAAGCCCACAUUUUUUUUUGCUCUCUUUGUGGCAAUAAAUCUUCAUCAUUUAUUUAUUUAUAUUCUAGAUCUCAUCGUAAUAUAUGUAUUGAGGCUUCACGGCACAAAGCCAAUCCGAGAAGUCAUUGUAUUGUAGUUGCACAUACUCCUUCAUUGUAAUUUUUUGUCCAUUAAUUGCUUGAGCUUCUCUAUGUCCAUUGGACUUGUAAUGUGAAGUGAUUUGAGAUCACUAAAUUAUUAUCAAAUCCUUGUGUGUCAUGAUAAUUCUACUCCCCAA